CACCCGCCAUGGCUCUGCGCCUCCACCUGCUGCUGCUCCUGCUGGCCACUACCCUCCUCAUCGCCCGGGCUCAAGGAAUUGGCAGCUCGGCCCUGGACUGCUGCCUGAAGCACAGCCGGAAAGCCGUCCCCAGCAGCUGGGUGAAGUCCUACAGCCUCCAGGGACCCGAGUUGGGAUGUUUGCUGCGUGCUGUCGUGCUUACCACCAAGAGGAAUAAGAAAAUCUGCGCCUCUCCCACCGACCCCGCUGUCCAGAAGCUGAUGCAGAACCUGGACAAGAAGGUGAAGGACAAGCUCCGUAGCUUGGAGGUGGAAAGCUGA